UUAUCCUUUUUCAUUUGAUGCUUCUUCAUUCUCCCCUUUUCUUUUCUGUUUUCUUUUUUUUUGUUUCCUCUCUGUAGCGUUUUGUAGGAAUCUCUCGCCAACGUUUAGGUUUCCUCUCAGAUUUAGAAACUUUUCUCCAUCUGAGGAUCUCCAUUUCAUUUCUCCUCCUCGUUCACCUCACACCCAUUUCGUUGAGAAGAAGAAAUUUGAGAGGGGAAGCAGCCAGGGUUUAUCUGAUGAGUAGAUGAUGCGUGAACCGCUCGUUAGCGAAGAAGAACCUACUGAGGUUUUACUUGUGGAGAAGAAGAAGAAGGUUUCGGAAGAGUUGUGUAAGAGACGGGGAGACGAAACGGAAGAGAGAAGAGACGAUUUGUUGUUACUAGCUUUAACGCCGAUGGUACGAUCGAAAUCUCAAGGAACUACGAGGCGCGUCACUCCCACGCCACCUCCCCUAGACGUGGAGAAACCGUUACCAAACGGAGAUCUCUACAUGGGUUCGUUUUCCGGCGGCUUUCCUAACGGAUCCGGCAAGUAUCUCUGGAAGGACGGCUGUAUGUACGAAGGCGAGUGGAAACGCGGCAAAGCCAGCGGUAAAGGCAAGUUUUCGUGGCCGAGUGGUGCGACUUAUGAAGGGGAGUUCAAAUCUGGGAGGAUGGAAGGAUUUGGCACUUUUGUUGGAGUUGAUGGUGAUACUUAUCGAGGUUCCUGGGUUGCUGAUCGGAAACAUGGUCAUGGUCAGAAGCGGUAUGCCAACGGAGAUUACUAUGAAGGCACUUGGCGGCGUAAUCUACAGGACGGGAGGGGACGAUACGUAUGGAUGAAUGGGAAUCAGUAUACUGGAGAGUGGAGGAACGGUGUGAUUUGUGGUAAAGGUGUGCUUGCUUGGCCUAAUGGGAAUAGGUAUGAAGGGCAAUGGGAGAAUGGUGUUCCCAAAGGCAGUGGUGUGUUUACCUGGGCUGAUGGAAGUUCCUGGAUCGGUUCAUGGAAUGAGAGUAGCAAUCUCAUGAGGAGUUUCUUUGAUGGGAUUGAGAAGAAUGAGCUGAUUGUGGCGACAAGGAAGAGAUCUUCUGUCGAUAGUGGAGCUGGAAGUUUGAGUGGGGACAAGAUUUUCCCUAGAAUCUGUAUUUGGGAAUCCGACGGGGAAGCUGGGGAUAUCACCUGUGAUAUUGUUGAUAAUGUGGAAGCUUCGGUGAUUUACAGAGAUAGGAUAUCUAUUGAUCGAGAUGGGUUUCGUCAGUUUAGGAAGAAUCCUUGCUGUUUCAGCGGCGAGGCUAAGAAACCUGGAGAGACCAUAUCUAAAGGCCAUAAGAAAUAUGAUUUGAUGCUCAACUUGCAACAUGGAAUCAGGUAUUCUGUCGGCAAACAUGCUUCCAUUGUUCGAGACCUCAAACAGAGCGAUUUUGACCCGAGUGAAAAGUUUUGGACAAGGUUCCCACCGGAGGGCUCUAAGACCACGCCGCCGCAUCAAUCUGUGGAUUUCCGCUGGAAGGACUAUUGUCCUUUGGUGUUUAGACGCUUAAGGGAGCUUUUCACUGUGGAUCCUGCCGAUUACAUGUUAGCUAUCUGUGGGAACGAUGCUCUUAGGGAACUGUCUUCACCUGGAAAGAGUGGAAGUUUUUUUUACUUGACUCAAGAUGACAGAUUUAUGAUUAAGACGGUGAAGAAAUCAGAAGUCAAGGUGCUUCUAAGAAUGCUUCCAAGUUACUAUAAACAUGUCUGCCAGUAUGAAAAUACACUUGUGACUAGGUUCUACGGUGUGCAUUGUAUCAAACCUGUUGGUGGCCAGAAGACUCGGUUUAUUGUCAUGGGAAACUUGUUCUGCUCCGAAUAUCGAAUCCAGAGACGGUUUGACCUUAAAGGGUCUUCCCAUGGACGUUAUACAUCCAAACCCGAAGUGGAAAUCGAUGAGACCACUACUCUCAAGGACCUUGAUCUCAAUUUUGCUUUCCGUCUUCAGAGAAAUUGGUACCAAGAGCUUAUGAUGCAAAUUCAACGAGACUGUGAGUUCUUGGAAGCUGAGAGAAUAAUGGAUUAUAGCCUUCUGGUUGGCGUUCACUUCCGUGAUGAUAGCACAGGAGACAAAAUGGGGCUUUCUCCAUUCGUUUUGAGAUCUGGUAAGAUAGAAUCGUACCAAAACGAGAAAUUCAUGCGUGGUUGUCGCUUCCUGGAGGCUGAACUUCAAGAUAUGGACCGCAUUUUAGCUGGCAGGAAACCGUUGAUUCGGUUAGGCGCAAACAUGCCUGCAAGAGCAGAGCGAAUGGCGAGAAGAAGCGACUUUGAUCAAUAUUCCUCUGGAGGGACCAACUACUUAUCUCACGGAGAGGUCUACGAAGUGGUUCUAUAUUUUGGAAUCAUUGACAUUUUACAAGAUUACGACAUAAGCAAGAAGAUCGAGCAUGCCUACAAGUCUCUACAGGCUGACCCGGCUUCAAUAUCAGCCGUUGAUCCCAAACUCUACUCAAGAAGGUUUCGAGAUUUCAUCAGCAGAAUCUUCAUCGAAGACGGCUAAGAAGGUCUUAACUAAAUAUUAGCCCCCAUCGUUAAAAGGUCAAACCGGAGCUCCUCGCUUUUUUUACCUCAAUCAAAUGGAGAGAGGCUUGAGGCAUGAAGGGGCUAAAUGAUAUUUUUUCACUACCCGGUAAAAAAAGCUCGAAGAAGAGAAAGAAGUCGACUCGGAAUUCUUUCAUUUAUAAUAU